UAAAAUUUAGAUUCAUUAUUACUCGUAGUGCGAUUUUAGUAGCACCAUAUUAGUAACGAAAGUCAUCAACAAUACUGAUUAAAACAUAAAGUAUAUUUGUUGAAUUCAAAUCGAGUACGUAGUUUAUAAAAUUUCACAAGAAAAAUAAUCAACUCAAGAAGAUUAAAGUCGAUAGUGCAUUUUCUAUUAUGUCUUUUACUCCUCCUGAAGAAGUUUCUCUUGACGUUGUUACUGAAGAAUCUACUCUUGCAAUUCGUACUCCCGAAGAGUUUACUUUUGAUCAGUGUUCUCUGAUAGAUUCUCUUCCUCUAGAUACUCUUCUUUUGGAUCCUCCUAAAGGAUUUUCUGGUAGAGAUUCUUCUUCUAGAGGAGCUUCUCCUAGAGGAACCUCUCCAAGGGGAGCCUCUCCUAGAGGAACCUCUCCAAGGGGAGUCUCUCCUAGAGGAACCUCUCCAAGAGGAGUCUCUCCUAGAGGAACCUCUCCAAGAGGAGCCUCUCCUAGAGAAACCUCUCCAAGAGGAACCUCUCCAAGAGGAGCCUCUCCUAGAGAAACCUCUCCAAGAGGAGCUUCUCCUAAAGGAUUUACUGCUGAAGAAUCUAUUCCCAAACCAUCUACUGCUGAAGGAUCUAUUCCCAAAGAAUCUGCUCUUGGAGAAUCUACUUCUAAAGGAUGUAUUCCUAAAGCAGUUACUGCUGAAGGAUCUAUUCCCAAAGAAUUUGCUCUUGGAGAAUCUACUUCUAAAGGAUGUAUUCCUAAAGCAUCUACUGCUGAAGGAUCUAUUCCUAAAGAAUCUGCUUUUGGAGAAUCUAUUUCUAAAGGAUGUAUUCCUAAAGCAUCUCUUUGUGAAAGAUGUAUUCUCAAAGAAUCUGCUCCUAAAACAUCCACUUCUAAAGAAUCUAUUCUCAAGGAAUCUGCUCCUGAAGAAACUACUUCCGAAGAAUCUACUCAACAAGAAUCCUCUCCUGAACAACCUAUAGUUCGGGAGACUGCUUCUGGAUUACCUAUUAUUCGAAAAACUAUUUAUGAAGCACAUAGUUUUCCAGAUUUUUUUUCUGAAGAUUUUUCUCAAUAUGAAGACGCUCCUAGAGCUAAUCAAAGGUAUCAUCAGGUAAUGUUGGUUGGUAAUGAGGAUGACUUCAUACCUUAUGGAUUAACUCCAGAUGAAUUGCAAAGACUGGGUCCAUUACGUACGUAUGAUGGAUAUCCUCCUGCCAAUGAGAUAUUAAUAAGAGGACCAACAAUUAUAGGUAUCAGCUCUUUAGGUCACUUGGGCUACCAUGUUGUUAGUUCAUGUCGUAAGAAAGAUUCAAAUGAUGUCAUCUGGGUGCUGGAAAAAGUUAUCGACGAUCUUUUUAAGCCUCCUUUAAAACCCACUGAAAUAUUGUUUUCAGUUUAGAGUUCGAAAAUUAAAAUUGAAACAAUUGUUGUCAUGCAGUAAAUAAUAAUUCCAUGUCAUUUUUAAUUUUGAUACCGUAAAAAAUGUGUCAAUAAAUAUAUUUCGAUUUCAUAAGUA